ACGACGUCGUUUCGAGGCACUCUCAUUUCUCGUUUUGGACACAAUUAUUUGGUUGUUUCUCCUCGUUAGCAUGCUACCUUGGAAAAUGAUCCUGUGUUUCUCGUACUCUCGCUCCUUUCUCUUUCAAGCCCAACACACUCAUCAAAUUCUGAUUCUCCACUAAUUUUGCAUUACAGCUUCAGCUUUCUCAGUUUAACCUAAGAUUCCCACCGGAAAACUUGUCCCCGCAGUGAUUCUUAAUUAAUAAUUACCCUUUUUUUUUCCCUUGUCUUUGGUGUUUGGAUUCUUAGAAAAAUACUAAGAAAACCCAAAAGAAGAAGCAGCAGCUGCAGCGGAAAAAGGAAAAGCGAGAAAAGAGUCCUCUUUCUCUUUUGAGUUUUGAGUCUUUUUUCUCUCUCUCUCUCUGUGUUGCUUUCACUUUGUGAACGGAAGCUUUGUUUGUUUAACAACAUCACCACCUUCGACCCUUCCCUUUCGAACGUUGUUGUUUCCAAGAAGCCAAGCAUUCACUUUUCGGAGAAACGCCCUCUUUUAUAUGCUUCUUUUUCUCUCAUUUUCUCAUGCCGUUGAUGCUCUUUGCUUAGUUUAGUUACCAAUGUCGGACUCCGCCAAGGUGCGAUUGGUGCGUUGCCCCAAAUGCCAAAAUCUUCUUCCCGAACUCGCUGAUUACUCUGUCUACCAAUGUGGUGGUUGUGGUGCUGUUCUUCGAGCAAAGCAUAAAGGUUACGUGAGUGGUAGCUUGUCCGAUGAGGGGAAGGUUGGGGGAGAAAAUUCGUUGGAGAAAGGCUUAGUGGAUCGCAGUGAUGCUUCGGAUGUUGAUGUUAAGUCCAGCAGUGGUCCCUCUAUGGAUGAUAAUCAAAGGGGUGUGGAUAAAGCAGAUAACAUGGAUGAGAGGUUUCAGAAUCAAUCAGGGGAUAUUGGUGAGAAAGGGGUUUUUGGUGAUGAUGUUGAUGUCAAUGGGAAUAAAGAUGAAGUGGGUAAAGCAAUAGGAAGAGAACCUGAGGAACCUAAGUCUCAAAUUGGUCAUGAGAAUGGGUCUAAAAAAUUAUCUGGGAGAAUUUCUAAUUGGCAGAAUGGGGAGAGAAGUGAGAUGGAGGGGUUUUGGAGAAAGCCACGAGCUGAUAUGGAAAAUGUGAGGUUUUCCACUUCGAAAUAUCCUGAUGAAGGACCUUCCAAUGGCUACUCCAGUUUCUCUAGUAAUUAUAUGGAACCAUGGAGGAACCAUAAAGAAACAAAUGGUGUGAACAUGGUUCAGCACCUUGAGCAGGAUCGAGCUGAGCUUCUGAGGAAGCUGGAUGAGUUAAAGGUCCACCUUGGUAAGUCUUCUGAAAUUGUUAACAACCAAAAAGAAAAGCUUGUUCCUGAUGAAAGGAUGAUUCCUCCGAAUCCUCAUCCUUAUGGUGGUGGUUCUGAUCCUUGGUUUUCAGAUGGAUCAUCAGGGUUGAAUAGAACUUCAAGGCAAUUUUUUGGCACUGAUAAGCAUGUAGCUGGUUCCACUCUUUUCAAUUAUCAUCCUGAUCCUUAUUCUUAUACAAGUGGUCAUGACAUGGCUAUGCCCAAAUUCCCUCCUUCAAUGCAUAAUCCAAAUCGAUAUAGGGAUCCUUUUGCAUCCCAAAUGCUGAGGAGAGGUCCACACCAGUUUCCACAACAACCAUUGCAUCCUUACUACUCCGGAAGGUAUGUUGAUACUAAUCCAGAUUCAUAUGAACUGUAUGCACAAAAUGCAAUGCUUCACCCGCCUUCAUGCUCUUGUUUACACUGCUAUGAUAACAAACGAAGAGGUCCCGUGGCGGCACCCCCUGCUUCAUUCAUUAAUAGCAGAUUCCCUGAUGCCCCAAAUGAUCCAAUGUUAUACCAUCAUGAGAUCCCAGGGGCAUUUGGCCCACAUGUUCAUAAUUCUAGAACUGCCAUUCCUCCUGUGACUUAUCGUGAUAAACAAUUACAUGCAAGAUGGGCUAGUGACUUCAACUCUGAGAUGGGUGGUUUUGUUCGAACCCGUCCUCGCAAAGUAAUGUUAGCUAGUAGUAGCCAGCGUUGCUAUCCUGUAGCCGGUGGUUCUCCCUUCAUCUCAUGUCAUAAUUGCUUUGAGUUGCUGUUACUGCCUAAAACAGCAUUGGUUCUGUUGAAAAAUCAUCAGCAAAAGGUGCAAUGCGGGGCUUGUUCUUCUGAAAUCAGCUUUGCUUUCAUCAAUAAGAAGCUGGUUAUUUCUCCUAAUUUAGAAACGAAGGGAGUUCCCUCAAGAGGUGAUAACAGCUCUAAUGAGGUCGCGAGUAGCCGAAUGUCACAUUCCCGUGGUCAUGUGAACAGGACUGGUGCUAACUUCUCAUCCGAUGAUUAUUCUGGUUAUGAUUUUCAUUCAGUAGACAGGGAACCUCUUUCUGUGGUUGCUUUGAACUCUGACAAGUCCCGGGAUAUGCAGAGUUUUCGUUCUUCAUCUCUCAGUACCUCUGAGGAUGAAAAUAGUGCGGAAGCAAUGAUUGUUCCAAGGGAGGCCACUAAGUCCAUUCAUCAGCCAACUACAGACACUCUAUCUCCUCCUGCUGGUUCACCUUUGCAGGAGUAUUUUGAUUACAAUAAUAAUAACCAUGCAGUAAAUCGGUUUGGAAAAGGAAACCUAAGUAGUCGCUCAGAGCAAGAGAAGCCAAAAGUGGACAAGAUGUCAUCGCGUCAAAAUUCUUUGAAAGAGGCAGCACUUGCAACCGAGAUGGAUGUCCAUGAUUAUUCUAACACGGGGGUUUCCCAGGAUUCUGGAGAUGCUAGCCGAGAACAUGAUCAUCCUAGAUCCAACAAAGGGGGUGAAUCAUUUUUUGCAAAUAUUAUCAAGAAAAGCUUCCGAGAUUUCUCCCGAUCUAAUCAUACAGAUGAUCGUAGCAAAAUCAACAUUACUGUAAAUGGGCAGCCCAUAUCAGAUCGUGUCCUCAAGAAGGCUGAAAAGCUAGCUGGACCAAUCCAGCCUGGAAAUUAUUGGUAUGAUUUUCGGGCUGGAUUUUGGGGUGUCAUGGGAGGGCCUUGUCUUGGAAUAAUUCCUCCAUUUAUAGAAGAGUUCAACCAUCCCUUACCAGAGAAAUGUUCUGGUGGGAAUACUGGUGUUUUUGUAAAUGGUAGGGAACUUCACCAAAAAGACUUGGAUUUGCUAGCUGGGAGAGGACUUCCAACAGAUACAGAUAGAUCUUAUAUCAUUGAAAUUUCUGGGAGAGUCCUGGAUGAAGACACAGGUGAAGAGCUUGACAGCCUUGGCAAACUUGCACCAACAGUGGAGAAAGUGAAGCAUGGAUUUGGCAUGAAGGCACCUAGGGCAGCUACAUAAUCAAAAUGUAGAAAGAAAUAUUCUGCGGCAGGUUUGAGAAUAUGAAUUUUAUCCCAUCCUUCUUAAGUCUGAUACAAUAACAUUAUUUGGGUUUGGGACCUGACACUGGAUCAAAUCUGGAAAUAUUAGCAAGAUUACUUGAAGUUCUUCCUUUGUAUGACCAGUUCAAGUGGUUUUCUGCAUGGCUUGAGUUUAGAUUUAAUAUAUAAUGUGUAAUUUUUUUUUAAAAAAAAUUCUUCAUGCUAAAAAAAAAACUGCAUUAGAAGUUCUGUGCUUAAUAUGAGGUAGUCUUAGGAAAAGUUAAAGUAAUCAUGCGGAAAGUCUUGCAUCCAUUGUAGAAUUUGAUGUGUAAAUUUUUUUAAUUUAUUCCUUGGUCAGUUUGUAGUAGUUAUGCAUUUCUAAGUGAAUCAUGGAAAUAUUUUAUUAUGAUCUAAAUCAAGAUCAGUUGCCUGUAUGUAA